AAGAUGAAUCAGUGUACCAUGCUUUCGUAGCGGACACAAGCAAGCCAUUUGUAAACAAAUAUUUUACUACAAGGACCAUAACCAUUAGACCAUAAGACCGAACAUGCCGGUAAAGUGUGGCUUAUGUGAGAAGAAAGCGAUACUGAAAAGACCUAAAACGGGAGAUGCUCUGUGUAAAGACUGCUUCUUUUGGGCAUUUGAGGAAGAAGUUCACAAGACCAUAAUAGAUGCAAACCUUUUCUCCCCUGGUGAAGUUGUGGCAAUAGGAGCCUCUGGUGGAAAAGAUUCCACAGUACUGGCAUAUACAUUAAAAACAUUAAAUGAGAGAUAUGACUACAAACUGGAUCUCAUUUUGCUAUCCGUUGAUGAAGGGAUUACUGGCUAUCGAGAUGACUCACUUGAGACUGUCAAGAGAAACCAGCAACAAUAUGAGCUUCCCCUAAAAAUAAUCUCAUAUAAGGAACUCUACGGAUGGACAAUGGAUGACAUUGUUAAACAAGUUGGUUUAAAAAAUAAUUGUACCUUUUGUGGUGUAUUCCGUCGACAGGCAUUAGACAGGGGUGCAAUGUUAUUGAAAGUUGACAAGAUUGUGACUGGACAUAAUGCUGAUGAUAUUGCUGAAACUGUUAUCAUGAACAUAUUGCGAGGUGACAUAGCUAGGCUUAAGCGAUGCACAGCAAUUACAACAGGUGCAGAUGGAGCCUUGCCAAGAUGCAAGCCAUUCAAAUACACAUAUGAAAAAGAAAUAGUCAUGUAUGCAUAUUUUAAGAAGUUGGACUAUUUUUCAACGGAAUGCAUUUACUCACCAAAUGCAUACAGAGGACAUGCAAGAACUUACAUCAAGGAUCUAGAGGCAAUUAGACCCAGUUCUAUCAUUGACAUAAUUCAUUCUGGAGAAUGCAUGGCAGUGAAGAAGGAAGUCAAAUUACCAGUUCAAGGCACUUGUUCCAGGUGUGGUUACAUUUCUAGUCAAGAGGUGUGCAAGGCAUGUGUACUUUUGGAAGGUCUUAACAAAGGGUUGCCAAAGCUUGGUAUUGGAAAACCACACAAAGUAAAAAAGCUGGAAGCUCAAGGCAAAAUUUUCACGGAUACUAAGAAUCCAAAGUUUGUUGAAAAUCGAGAUGCUGACAAAGGAUCAAUGGCCAAUAAUGCAGCAGCACUGGACUUUUGAAUUUGGCUUCAUUUGUUGCAUUUUAAGUGGUUUACACAUGUACACCUAGUUGAUAAUUUUUCUUCUGUUCCUAUGCUCAUCUUGUAUAAAUAAGAUGCUAUAAAUUAUGUUUGCCUGAUGCAGUGGCCCAAGGAUAUGACAGCACCAUUGCUCCGUAAAAAAA